AUGGCGAAGCGCAAACGCUCAGAGACAGAGGGCGUAGAAGCUACAGAGGGCGCUCAGAAGCUAUCAAGAGCCCAAAAAAGGUUUAGAAGAGAGUCCAAAGGAAGUCCGCCACCGCAAGCCUCAGAGAAUGGCCGACACUCGACUGCAGGAAGCAGGCCGGCCGGUGGAGCUGCCAACCACGCAAACCCAACGGGUCCGUCUGAUCAAAAGGACACUGGAGCCGCUAAGAAGCGCUCGAGGAAAAGGAAACAGCGCAAGGCUUCGAAGGCUUUGAAAGCAACUUCCGACCAGAGCGUGCCCGCCGAGAAGGCUACAACGACCGGCGCCGUCGAAGGCACGCCAUCUAUCACGCACAGUCACAUCCUGAUGCCAGAGGAAAUCCAAGGUGUUACACCACAAGCUCCCAAGGACCUCAGCAAAGGCCAAAGGAAGCGUUGGAGGAGAGACCGGCGGAGAUCAGAGCUGUUCGCAUCUACUAGCCAACACGACAGUUCUGCAGGCCAAAAGCCACCUAAGCUAUCAAGACGGAAGAAAUCGAGAGCCGAGCAUGGGAUCAGCGAGGGCUUGGACCGUGCCGCUCUUCUUCGGCUCGCCACUACGCGGCUGGUGCCACUGAAGGCCAAGGAGUGGAAGGACCAUGGAGAAGGGCCAGCUCGACAAUGCGCCGAGGAUAGUACGCCAGAGUUGGGAGCUGCAUCUCGUCCAUCAAGCCGCUCAUCACCUUCAUCAGCUUCCAUACCGUCUGGGCCGGCGCCAAGGUCGGCAGAGCGGGUUGCUCCUCAGAGCGACCCAAAGCCGCCUAAGACAAACUCUGUCAGCUCACGCGGCGCAUCACCAUCAGCUUCCAGUUCACGGCAUUCAAUACCAGAGUCGAUACCGAAGGCGACACCAGCAGAAUACAAGCAACUGCAACGGCUGCAGCCUCCUCCGCCGGCAGCUGUGAGCUUUCGGACCACUUCUGUCAGCUCGAAGCCCAACAGCGUCCCUUCUCAGCUUGAGGACUCGGAUGUGAAAGCGGCAUUCAGGCGGUUCAGCGCUUUCGUCAAUGGUGGAGAUUCAGAUUCCAGUGAUGAUGAGAGCGAGAAUAGUGAGAGCGAGUCAGAGGAGGAGCCACGCUCACAGGCAGUACCUGCGAAGCCAGCAGAUGGAAUACGAAAUGGUGGUAGGCCCAGCUCUUCAACAGCUAAUAAAACACCGGAUGUCUUCACCGAGACCGCCUUAAGGAAUAGGAUGGAAAACGCUUCAGACAGUUCUCUCGCUACACAACCACAGCAGCAAACCAGAACUCUUAAGCCUUCGCAGCUUGACGGAGAUCAGUCAAUUGAGGUCGAUACAGACCAGGGCAAUAAUCGUGAAAGGAUUACCGUUGCCGACAAUAAGACCGCUGCAGCGGACUCGCAGCAACGACGCACCGCUGGCGACGACACAAUUAAUUCUGCCGGCAUCACUGAAUCUAGCGAGGAUGAGAGCGAAGGCGAGAGCGAUGCUGGUGCAGCAGAGACGCCUCCUCGCCCUAUCUCGAAGGAUGAACAGUCCUCCGACGAAGCGAUGACACUUCCCAACGGUGUGAGCUCACAGCUCGCUCAAGCAACAUCAGCACCCAACUCCUCCUGGCCAGCCAACGUCGGCAUCAAACGACAAGGCUCUUUUUUAGGCCUGGAGACUGGUGGGGCUCCGUCAGGGACUGGUUCAGCUCAUCGAGCCAGUAAGAUCUCAUCGCCCUCACAGCCAGAUCCUUUCGAUGUCACCGAAGCAGACGCUGAUGCAGCGCUCCUAGCUCUGGACGAGGUUUCGGAAGGCAUGCUCACUGCUACCAGGCCGCUCCCUGCAAGUAAGUUUGAUUCGCCGCCGGAGCCUGUUCAAUUGGAAGGGACAAAACUUAUGGAUGUGGAUUCUAGUGAUCGACGUUGGAGCCGUGGAAUGGUAGAAGGAUUCUGGCAUUUCAAAGACGCUCAGAAAUUGGGUCCGGCGUUGCCUGUCUCUGUAAUAUGCAAUGCUGCGCGAAUGGUGGAAGACGAUGUCGACACUGCCGUGACGGAUUCAUUCUACGUGAAUCCUGCGACAUCCGAGAGCAGCAUGGGCGAGAACAUCAAUGUUGCUAUGCAUGGCCCAGCCGGGAGCAACUCCGACUCAAGUAGUCCGCUCAGCAACUUCAGUCGAACACCUACGCCGCCUAAUCCCGUGGCGCGUUCCGAGCCUCCUCUAAACGACCUCGCACAUCAAAUUCCUGUCCGCGAUCGUACUGAAUCCGCCGAUGACACUAUUGCGGUCCAGUCUGUGCCAAAGAAGAAGCGCAAGAUGACUGGCACGACUAGCAAGCACUUUUCACCAGAGAAGAAGCCUAGGCGAACGACGGCGCCUGCUAUUGUCAGCGUAGAGCAAACACUUGACGCCGGAGAUGAGGAGAGAGAAGCAAAGAUGACUCCAUGUGAAGAAACUUCUGGAGCAGUAGACAUGAUGAAGUCUACUUUCAGUGCACGACCAGCGAUCCGAAGACGUCGGGCGCCACAGGCCGCGAAAUCAGCAACACGUCGACACAGCCAGCCAGUGCCGGCGGAGGACCCGGAUCAGAAUCCAGUAGUCGAAGAUGCUGCUGCCAACAUCUGCGUCCAAGAACCUUCACAGGCAGAGCCAUCACCGACCCCCACCACUCCCACGCCCGUCAAGCCCAAGAAAAAACGCAAAUCCACUGGCAAGAAAAGCACCUACUUCACCCCACCCAAACCCCUCCUCGACCCCACCCUCAUCGACCGCGUCGACUUCUACAACACCACCGCCUCCGGCCGCAAAGCCCGUGUCCCCGCCGGCACCUCCAUCGCCCCCAUUCCACCCAUCAGCUGUCCCUACUUCGGCAUCAUCCAGGAGAAACUCUGGCGGGAGCCAUUUUGGCUCCUCAUCGCUACCACUUUCCUAAACAAAACGACCGGAAGAGCCGCGGCGCCGGUUUUCUGGGGGUUGAAGGAGCAGUACGGAACUCCUGAGGGAUUGGCGGAGGCGGAUGAGGAGGAGUUGAGGGGGUUGGUUUGGAAGUUGGGGUUGUACAAAGCGAGGUCGAGACGGUGUAUUGAGAUGGCUAAGGCGUGGGUGGAGAAGCCGCCGGUCAAGGGGACGAGGUGGCGGACGUUGCAUUAUCCGGCUAAAGGCGAUGGGAGGGAGUUGAAGAAGCGGGCUCUGAUUGAAGGGGAUGCGGUGGAGGUGGAAGGGGGGUUGGAGAUUGGACAUGUACCCGGGUGUGGACCGUAUGCAUGGGAUAGUUGGAGGAUCUUUUGUCGGGAUGUGGUGCGGGGGGUUGCGGAGGACUAUAACGGGAAGGGCGCGAGGGUCGGAGAGGGUGGGGAGGUGUUUGAGCCGGAGUGGAAGAGGGUUUUGCCGUUGGAUAAGGAGCUGAGGGCUUGUUUGCGGUGGAUGUGGUUGAGGGAGGGGUGGAUUUGGGAUCAUGAGACUGGGGAGAAGAGGGCGGCGACUGAGGAGGAGAUGGAGAAGGCGGUGAAGGGGGAGAUGGAGUUUCAGGAUCCGCAGGAGAGAAAGUUCGCUGCGCAGGCUGCUGGUGCGGAGGCUGUGGAGACUAAUACUGUUGUUGCUGAUGGGCAUUGGAAUGAAGUUGAAAAGGAACAGCAGCAGCAGCAGCAGCAGCAGCCGGCCUUGGAGAUGGAUGGCGAAGGAUCGGUCACGGAUGCGAGCAGCAACAUUGUCGUUGUUCAAUCUACGCCUGCUGCUGAGACCAAGUCUGUCAGACGUAGCCGACGGUUGACAACAUCGGAACUCAGUUGA